AUGCUUCCCUCACUCGAGGUCGGGCAUCUCCCGUCGUCCUCAUCCUUUUAUGCGGCCAUCGUUCAGCCCCUAGGCCUGCGCUACCUGUCGACGGAAGACGGGCCAUUACCAUCAAUCAACUACGGCACCUCGCUGCGGGAACCGCCUGUUUUCCGGAUCCGACAGGUGGCAGCGAGCAGCGAGCAGCCCUUGCGACUCUCACGUAUCACCCUCAGCGCACCCUCGGCUGACUCGGCCGACGACGCCUUCGCCUUUGCCGCGCGGGCCAAUCCCGACACACGGGAGCCUAGUUUGCGCCACCCGUUUGAAGCCCGUGCAGGCCCAUCGGCCCGCCGUUCUGUCGGCCCCGGCGGUGAGACGCGGGUGAAAAUUACCGACUUCGACGGCAACACCAUGGAGAUCGUCUAUCGUCCUCCCGUCAACUAUCCCUCUCACUACGCCGGCUCUACUCUUCGGGCGACCAACUCGACAAAGGAGGAAGCAAGCCGCAUUCUGCACUGGAACUAUGACGUUGCUAGUUCCGUCGGCCCCGAUUCUGCCUUGAGCGACGCUCCGCGCUCUGGCUCCCGCCGUGUCCGCGCUUCCUACCCGGAAGACGAGCCCUACCCUGCCCUACGGCGUAGCUUCACGGCCGAUUCUCCUGUCUACGAAUCCAGUGCCUCACCUCGUGAAAACUCGCACGGCCUGAGCGCCGGCGCUGUUGUUGGAACGCUUCUUGGCGCCGCUGCUGGCGCCGCAUUCACCUAUGGCAUGGUGAGAAACGCCCGCAGCCGGGGUCCCCGUCAAGAAUUUGACGUGCCCUCCUUCUCUCGUCAUGCCACGUUUCCGGAUCAAUACCCCGAACGCAAGGGCCAGUUUGUCGAGGCCGAGCGCGUCGCCAACGGGACCCGCGAGUACGCAUCUAGGGUUGAGUACCGGGCUCCUCCAGAGUUCAUCACUCGGUACAGUCAGGCCGGCCGGCCGUCGAAGGAUGGAGUGGCCGAUUACAUGUAUGAUGACACGCGGAGCCGUCACUCGUCCUUGCGGUCGCGUACGUACCUCCGCCCCCGGAGUGAAGCUACCACGAAUAGACAACCUCUCAUCUUGGCUGAGACCGAGCAUCGUAGCUAUCUGAGUUCUUCCAGAAGCUCCAAACAUCAUCCUCCAAUAGUGCAGCGUAGCUACACAUACGACACUCCUGAGAGAGAGAGUUACGUGUCGGCAAGAAGCCAUCGAUCAUCGAGCACUAUCCACGCCCCGCCACCGGCGGAGCCAGCACCAGUCACGUCAUCACACAAUGUGACACGGUCACGCUCGAGGACGGCGGGGAGUCGGGCGACAACCACGACUUUUCUGGUUGGCGGCGACCAGCCAACCCCUCAGGCUUUUGGUCGAGCCGGUUCUUAUCUCUCUCCACGGCACUAUCCGCUCCCUCCUAGCGGUGUAGGUAGCAGCAACGCAAGAUAUGACGACGGCGAGGAUGGCGACGACGAUACGGGUAGCGUCGGGCCCGACGAUAGUAUUAGCUGCGUUGGUAGCAGCCGUCGUAGUGGCCGGUCGUAUUAUUGA